UGAAGCGGAAUGUCCAUCGCAGCCACCGUAGGACAUUACGGUGCGCGUUUCGGCAACGUUAGCCGUCUCUUAAUGCUUAUACGUGGUGUAUAAACGGGGCUCCUGCAGCAGGUUUCUGGAAACUGAAGGCUUCAGUGUUCAAAUCAAGGAGAGGAAAGGCCAGCUGGACGUCUGCUAGUGCCUUGAGUUCACCUGUCAGCAGCAGCAGCAGCAGCAGCCAUGGAGGAGGAGGUGGUGAGCAUGGAGUUUCUACUGGAGCAGGUGAUGCAGAAGGACUUGGGGAAGAGGCUCCAGGUGGGCCAGGAGACCAUUGAGCUCAUCUUGGACGAGGGGAAGUCCCCAGACCUGGAGCAGGACCAGGGCAUGCUGGACAGGAUGGUAGACGCAGUGGCCAGCUCCUGGGUCAACUCCAGCAACUUCAAGGUGGUUUUGUUGGGGAUGGACAUUCUGUCAGCUCUGGUCAGCAGACUGCAGGAGAAGUUCAGGACGCAGGUUGGGACAGUUCUGCCGAGUCUCAUAGAUCGACUCGGAGACGCCAAGGACCAAGUUCGAGACCAGGACCAAGCUCUGCUGCUGAAGAUCAUGGACCAGGCUGCAAACCCUCAGUAUGUGUGGGAGCGAAUGAUGGGAGGCUUCAAACACAAAAAUAACCGGACCAGAGAAGGCCUCUGCCUCUGCCUCAUCUCAACUCUAAAUGUGUUUGGAUCUCAGAGUCUGACACUCAGUAAAAUCGUCCCUCACAUCUGCAACCUUCUCGGAGAUCCCACAAGUCAGGUGCGUGAUGGAGCCAUGAACUGCCUCAUAGAGAUCUACCGUCACGUCGGAGAACGAGUGAGAAUGGACCUCGGAAAGAAGGGUCUGCCUCAGUCACGGCUGAACGUCAUCUUCAGUAAAUUUGAUGAAGUUCAAAGAUCAGGGAACAUGGUCCUGUCUCCGUUGUCAGACAAAAACCUUGAGGACGAUGACUCAGCGGACGGUGGCCGCUCCUCAUCCUCGUCCAAAGGAGCCUCGCUGUCCGGGAGGAAGGCAGUGAGCAUGGGUUCAUUCAGACGCCCCCCCUCCGCCUCCAGCACAAAGUCUGCAGGGAGGGAUGGAUCAGUUGCCGGAGCUGUGGAUGAGGAAGAUUUCAUGCAGGCCUUUGAGGAUGUUCCCACAGUGCAGAUCUACUCUAAUAGGGAGGUGGAGGAGGCCAUGACGAAGAUCCGAGACGUGCUGUCAGACGAUAAGAGGGACUGGGAGCUCAGAGUGGCAGCUCUGAAGAAGGUGAGAUCGCUGCUCCUGGCCGGCGCGGCAGAGUUUGACUGCUUUCUUCAGCAGCUGCGGCUCCUGGAGGCGGCGUUCAAACUGUCCGCUAAGGACCUGCGCUCUCAGGUGGUGAGAGAGGCCUGCAUCACCCUUGGUUACCUGUCGUCAGUGCUCGGCAGUCGGUUCGAUCAUGCGGCGGAAGCCAUCAUGCCUAUCCUCCUCAAUCUGGUCCCCAACACUGCCAAAGUCAUGGCCACCUCCGGCAUGGCCGCCAUCCGCCUCAUCCUCAAACACACACACUUCCCACGUCUCAUCCCCAUCAUGACCAGCAGCUGUACCUCCAAAUCUGUGGCUGUGAGAAGACGCUGCUACGAGUUCUUGGACCUGAUGCUACAGGAGUGGCAGACGAGCUCUUUAGAGAGACAUGGAACAGUUUUAAUGGAGACUAUAAAGAAAGGGGUCCAUGAUGCAGACGCUGAGGCUCGCUCUGUGGCCCGGAAGUGUUACUGGAGUUUCCACGGUCACUUCCGUCGGGAGGCAGAGCAGCUGUUCCAGGGCCUGGAGUCAUCCUAUCAGAAAGCUCUGCAGGCUCACAUGAGGAGCGGGGACAGUCUGAUGUCCCUUCCCGCCUCCGACCGCUCCUCCUCGUCCUCUCAGGAGAGCCUCAAUCGACCCCCGCCUGGAAAAAGCAGCUUUGGGAGCGGCUCGACAAGAUCCAAAGCCGCCCACACCAGGCCGCCCGCUGCAGCCUCCUCCCCGGGCUCCCUCCAGCGCUCUCGCAGCGAUGUGGACGUCAACGCAGCAGCCACUGCCACUGCCCGCACCAGGAUGCCCGCGGUGCCCUCGGCCGUGACAUCAUCUCCCUUCAGCUCCGCCUCUGCCCUCCCACCUGGGUCCUACGCUUCACUGGGUCGAGUGCGAACCAGGAGAACGAGUUCAGGGAAAGGUCCGUGUGUGACGGACAGCCGGGGAAGGAGUCGAGGGAAAGUCGUGUCACAGUCUCAGCCGGGCAGUAGGUCUGGAUCUCCCGGCCGCCUGCUGAGCUCCACAUACGGUCGUCUCCCCCGACCAUCCAUGGGCACCGCCUCAACGGCCACGGCCAGCAGCUCCUCCACUAGCCUGACCGACAAGAGCCGGCCCCGAGGACACCGUAGCCAGGGCUGCAGCCGAGAGACCAGCCCCAGCCGAUCAGGAACAGCCCGCAGCAGAAUCCCCCGUCCGAGCAUGAGUCAGGGCUGCAGCCGCGAAACCAGUCGCGAGAGCAGCCGUGACACCAGCCCCGCCAGGGGUUUUUCCCCCCUGGCGACCCGCCGGCACUCCCGUUCAACCAGCACCCUGUCCUCUGCAGAGUGCUACUCAGACCGUCUGUCCCAUCAGGCUCGCAUCUCUGCCUCCGUCAACGCCAUGAGGAUCCUGGACACCGGCACUGACGUGGAGGCUGCUGUGGCUGACGCUCUGCUCUUAGGAGACUCGAGGAGUAAGCGGAGGCCAGUGAGGCGGCGUUUCGAGUCUCCAGGAAUGUACUCGGACGAUGAUGCCAACAGUGACGCCUCCAGCGCCUGCUCUGAACGCUCGUACAGCUCACGCAACGGCGGUAUGGCGCCACACUACCUGCGUCAGACAGAGGAUGUGGCGGAGGUCCUGAACCACUGCGCCAGCGCCAACUGGUCUGAGAGGAAGGAGGGACUGCUGGGGCUGCAGAACCUGCUCAAGAGCCAGAGGAUGCUCAGUCGCGUGGAGCUGAAGAGACUUUGUGAGAUCUUCACCAGGAUGUUUGCAGAUCCUCACAGCAAGAGAGUGUUCAGCAUGUUCCUGGAGACUCUGGUGGACUUCAUCAUACUGCACCGGGAGGACUUGCAGGACUGGCUUUUCGUCCUGCUCACUCAGCUGCUGAAGAAAAUGGGGGCCGACCUGCUGGGCUCCGUCCAGGCGAAAGUCCAGAAGGCUCUGGACGUCACGAGAGAGUCUUUCCCGUACGAGCAGCAGUUCAACAUCCUGAUGCGUUUCAUCGUGGAUCAGACGCAGACGCCCAACCUGAAGGUGAAGGUGGCCAUCCUGCGCUACAUAGAGGCACUCGCCCGUCUGAUGGACCCGGCUGACUUCGUCAACUCCAGCGAGACGCGCCUCGCCGUCUCACGCAUCAUCACCUGGACCACCGAGCCCAAGAGCUCUGACGUCCGCAAGUCCCUUCAAAAUUGGGCAGGGGAGGACUUCUCAGGCCGGGCCAGCACCGCGGCCUCUCUGCCUGGGGAGGGCAACCUGGAGGAGAGGUGCAAGCAGGCUGCCCAGGUGGUGCUGAUCGCCCUGUUCGAGCUGAACACGCCGGAGUUCACCAUGCUGCUGGGGGCUCUGCCCAAAACCUUUCAGGACGGGACCACCAAGCUGCUGCACAACCACCUGAGGCACGCUAGCCACAGCAUCGGCAUGGUGUCUCCCAGUAACACGGCCGGUCGGACGCCUCCUCGACAGCCCAACAGCCGCAGCAGCCCGCUCACCUCCCCGACCAACUGCUCCCACGGGGGGCUGCAUCCAAAUCGGCUGUGGGGUUGGAGCGCAGACGGCCUUUCCAAGUUCCCUCCUCCACCCUUCCCCUCCCCUCUUCCUCCUCCCGCUGCCCACUCCGCCCUCAAGGCAGUGCGGCGGGCUUACUCCCCAAGCAUGUUGGAGUACGACAGCGAGAAUCUUAACUCAGAGGAGAUCUACAGCUCGCUCCGCGGCGUCACCGAGGCCAUCCAGAACUUCAGCUUCCGCAGCCAAGAAGACCUGGUGGAGCCGCUGAGACGAGACGGGAAGAGGGACGGCAUGUCCGGAGUCGGGGCGUCUCCAGACUCUGACGCUCGGCUCAGCGGUGAUGUGAUGGGAGGAGGACGCACCGCUCUGGACAACAAGACGUCGCUGCUGAACACGCCUUCCCCGCGUUCCUUCUCCGGCCCGCGCUUCAGAGACUACAACCCGUACAACUACACGGACGGCAUCAGCACGCUGGACAAAGCAUCGCUGAAAGAGGCGCUGUACGAGGACGCUGUGGAGCAGCUGAGAGACGGAAGCCGACAAGAAUGUGUUGAAAAUAAGAUAUUGAACCCCAAAAACUUCCCAGCCGCCCCCGCUGAGCAGCUGGAGCUGGUUGGAGGGCUGCUGAAGGAGCUCUCUCAGGGCCAAGCAGGGGAGCGGGGCCCUGAGGAGCGCCGUGGGACCCUGCUGGAGCUGCUGAAAGUGGCCCGAGAGGACAGCCUGGUGGUGUGGGAGGAGCACUUCAAGACCAUGCUGCUGCUGCUGCUCGAGACGCUGGGAGACAAAGACCACACAAUCCGAGCCCUGUCCCUGCGAGUGCUGAAGGAGAUCCUGAGGAACCAGCCGGCUCGCUUCAAGAACUACGCCGAGCUCACCAUCAUGAAGGCGCUGGAGGCUCAUAAAGACUCGCACAAGGAGGUGGUGCGUGCAGCGGAGGAGGCGGCCUCAACGCUGGCGAGCUCCAUCCACCCUGAGCAGUGCAUCAAGGUCCUCUGUCCCAUCGUACAGACUGCAGACUACCCCAUCAACCUCGCCGCCAUCAAGAUGCAGACGAGGGCCAUCGAACGCAUCACCAAGGAGCCGCUCCAUCAGCUGCUGACUGACAUCAUACCGGGACUCCUGCAGGGCUACGACAACACGGAGAGCAGCGUGAGGAAGGCGAGCGUCUUCUGCUUGGUGGCCAUCUACUCUGUGAUCGGAGAGGAGCUUAAGCCGUACCUGGCUCAGCUCACCGGCAGCAAGAUGAAGCUGCUCAACCUCUACAUCAAGAGGGCCCAGACCUCCACCAGCAACAGCAGCAGCUCCUCUGACAUCUCCUCCUACUAACCUCCGCAGCACACGCUUAGCUUUCCUCUCCUCUUCCGUCACUCGGAAACCUUUUCAUUCCUGCAGCCGAUCACUCAGCAAAAGUCAGAAAUGUUCAACUUCUAGUAAUAAUCUAAUGUGUCGACAUUUGUUUCAAUAUCGUGGCAACAAAAACAGAAGUCCUAAACACCCAAUGCAAGCAAGCUCCUGCACACUGUCCCAAUCGUGCAAAAAAUGUUUUGUAAAAUGUAGACGGUGUGCAGGAGCUUUGAUACUUCUGAUCACUAUAAAACACACGGUAUCAACGCAACGACAUUUAUGACAUCCUCACUCAUCCUCCAAACCAGCUGUUCCCAUUUCAAUCCUUCAGCUUCUCAUCGAGCUGAAGUCGUCUCCAUCGUCUUCUCGUCAUCUUGAAAGCGUUGCUAAAAUGAUUCAUAACAAACCUCUCCUCUUUUUCUCUAGAGUCAUGAGCCUUAAAACUUUUAUCUUCCAUCAAUGUACGAUGGAUCCAGACACCAUUUUUAGAUCUCCUCUUCCUACUCCCUCCUCAUUCCAUCAUCUUUUCCCAGCUGGACCUGAGGAGCUCUUUGCAGCUGAAAAAUAUAUCCGAACAUUACCGUCUCCUUAAACUUUUAAAAGCGUGAGGUGAGUUUGAAAUGUUGGAGAAAGAGGAGAGUUUCACGCUUGUGGCUAUCUGUAUUUUUACUCACUUUUAGAACCUUUAAUCCACUUCCACUUUUAACACUUUAUUUUGCUUUGACACAUCAAACCUUAUUGUAUAUUGAAUGUAAAGAGCUUUGACAGGAUGUGUUUCUCCCUCCUGAAUUACUGCCUCAUUGACACCUGGUGGAUCAAUUUUAAAGGAAUGUUUUCCAGUUUGAACAUGUGCAUUAGAUUCAAAAAUGGGUCCAAUCUGAAGCGCUCUAGGUCAGAAAAUAACGAGUGCAACACAAAAGGACCUGUGCGUCUUUCCUGCACUCGUUAGUAAAACAGUUAAAAGUGUUUAAGCUUUCAGAAAAUGUGAACUCCAACCUGAUGUUGGUUUACAUCGAAUGAUCAUUUGGCUGGCCAAUGAUUAGAAGCUGUGCAGCGAUUAAAGAGAGCCCGACGACCAGCGGCAGAUAUCAGUGUUAUUUAAAGAGCAACAAACUUUAAAAAGGACGAUUUGUUCUGUGCAGCACUCAUCAGCUGAAUUCACUUUUUAAAAUCUAUUACAGGCAAUAAAUACACGUUCAAAUGUUAUCACAGAAGCCCGAAGCUGACAUCCAGAUAUUUAUUUAACUCUGUUUUCAUGUUAUAACAUUACAUUACAAUUGUUUUCUCAAUGCACUGAGAAAAUGCUACUUUCAAAAUCAUGCUAGUUUUUUUUUUUUUAAUUACCAUCCCUUCCUUUAAGUCGGAGCAUGAAGCAACAUUUAGAAAAGUUACAGAAGCAAGAAAAAAACCUCCUUUCAUCCCAUAAUGAUCUUAAAUCUGUUUUAGAUUUUUCAAAGUGUUAAAUGAAGCGGAUGUGCUGCACAGACCUAAUGUGUCAUUUAUAUAUCAUAUAUAUAUAUUACAUUUCAAAGACUGAAGUGAAACUAACGUCUGUCGGCUGAGGACGGGAACAAACAAAAACAAACCACUGAAACGUCUGCUGACACUAACUGUAAAGUCAUGACUACUGGGAUUUGUAGUUUUAUUCCCAAAUACUGUAGUUUAUUUAUGUUACACUAAAAAAAAGGUCAAGACUGAGGUCUUAAUAUCUCAAAGUAGUGUCAGUGUUUAAUUUAUGAGCGCUCCGUUGGGUUUAUUAUUCUUCAGUUUACAAACUGUUGACAGCGUGUUCUUGUUUUAAAGAGAUGCUCGAACAGUUGAGCUCGUCCGCUCUCUCAGCCAGUCUUAAAUUGAAUGUAAGUCACUCUGAGGCUUUUAAAAAUGUGAAAACUAAAGGGCAAUACGUGAAUCUGACAGAAAGACUGACAAUCUGAAUGAUUAGAAUUAAAGGAGAUCUAUUCUGCUGAUCCUGAUUUAAAUACAAACAUAUCAUUCUAACUCCACACUGCUCCUAGUGGUAACAUGCAUACUGCAUCCCGCGGACACAGAGCGUUAAUCAGAUAAAUAAGAAGGUUACUCAGCAGGUGUCCCGCAGUGACAUCAUGAAAGGUGAAAGAGAGUUUAAUAGAUCUCCUUUAAAGCCAGCAGCAGCGCUGAUCGAUGAACUCUAAAAGUGCCAGCUCUUAAAAAUGAAAAGUAUGAAGGCGAUUGUUUGAUCUUUGGACUUAAGCAAUAAAUUCUCAGAAAUCCAGUUUGGGUUUCCACGUCGAUGCACUGUAAACUUCCAUUGUGUUCCUCCGUUGAGACGCGCUCGCCGGUCAAUGUACAGACGUGUUUUCAUUUUGAAGUAUAUCGAAAUAAAAUGUUACUGCUGCUUAUUCAAAUACUAACUAACGCGCCUAAUUACUCCAGCGUAUGUACUGUAUCACAACAGAAAGGUUCGGGUACAGAUACGAUGAUGAAGAAUGAAACUAAACGACUGAACUCUAAACAUAUUUAGAGUCCUCUGAUUGGUCGAACUCCGCCCGUCCGGCACACAAGGCAGGUUCAAACAAACGCUACAGUGAGUUUAAGUCACAUCGGAGAGAUAGGCUGUAUCCGAAUUGCCAAGUACCUCUUCAAUCUGUCAGUAGGCAGUACCUACUAUCUGUGCUGUAUACUGUUAGUACCUACUGUUCAGUAGGCAGAUAUUUGUUCCUACUUCUUCUGAAUCAUUCAGUAUGAUAGUGACGUCAUUGACGUUACCCGAACCGGCCGCAUCCACCCGUUUUUUUUGUUUUUUUUGUUUAGCUUUAUUCAAGAAGAGUAAUGCACAU